UGGCUGAACAGGGCUCUCUGUCACACCCGGAGUUGGUGGUUGCUGUUGAGAUGCUGUCUUCAGUGGUGCUGAUCAACGAGGCGCUGGAUGUUGGAGAUCGGGCCGCCAUAUGGAAACAGCUUAGCAGCAGCGUCACUGGACUCAGCAAUGUAGAGGAUGAGUACUCCCAGAGGUACAUCGAUGAGCUGUUGCGUCUAAAGGCCGCAGCUCGUGAGGAGGGAAGUGAUUACCUCACCUGGAAUGACAUCCAGGCCUGCGUGGACCAGGUCAACAAUAACAUCCUGGAGGAGCACGAAAGGAUUGGUGCUAUUGGUCAGAUCAACGAGGCUCUUGAUGAGGGUGACCUACAGAAAACCAUGGCUGCUCUACAAAACCCUGCCGCCAAACUCACUGAUAUUGAUCCAUCCCUGGCCCAACAUUACUAUGAUAUACUGCAAGAAGCAAGGAGAGAGAAGGCUCAUGAAUCUGGAGAUCCAUCUGCAGUGCUUUGGCUAGAUGAGAUUCAGGAUGCGAUCCUAAGAGCCAACAAAGACUCAGAGGAAGCUCUGCAGUUCUCUCAGGCAAUCCAGGCCAUUAAUGAGGCUGUGGAUAAUAAGGACUCCUCUCAGACACUGGCGGCCUUGCGGUCCCCUGCGGCUGGCAUGUAUGGAGUCACAUCUGAAUGUGCUCAAACCUACCAGGACGACCUGCUGCGAAUUAAAGACGACAAGAGAAAGGAAGGAGAUAAUGGCAGUGAAUGGAUGGAACAUUGGGUGAAGGGAGGACACAACUAUUACUACAAUCUCCAAACUGGACAAGGCACCUGGGAUAAGCCUGCAGAGUUUACCCCAAACAACUCACAGCUCAACAAAGAGGAAAUACAGUCUGUUGUGUCAGGAGUGACCCAAGCGUAUAACCGAGAGCAGCUCUGGUUGGCCAAUGAGAGUCUGAUCGGCAAGCUUCAGGCCCGCUGCCGUGGCUUUCUGGUGCGACGGGGAAUGAAAGAGCGCCUUGAGUUCUUGAAGUCUCAAGAGCCAUCUGCUACACGCAUACAGGCUCACUGGAGAGGCUUUCAGGAGAGGAAGAAGUACAAUGACAGAAAGCAGUUCCUGAAUGAUCAUUCUGAUGAAGCCGUCAAGAUUCAGUCAAUGGUCAGGAUGCAUCAAGCUCGUAAAAAAUACAAAGAUCGUCUGCAGUAUUUCAAAGACCAUAUCAAUGAUGUGGUGAAAAUUCAAGCGUUCAUUCGAGCCAACAAAGCGAGGGAUGACUACAAAACACUUAUCAAUGCGGAUGAUCCUCCAAUGGGAGUAGUCCGUAAGUUUGUCCACCUAUUGGACCACAGCGACCAGGACUUUCAGGAAGAGCUGGAGCUGAUGCGGCUCAGAGAGGAAGUGAUCACCAACAUCCGCUCCAACCAGCAGCUGGAGAAUGACCUCAAUCUGAUGGACAUCAAGAUCGGCCUGCUGGUGAAGAACAAGAUCACGUUGCAGGAGGUGGUCUCUCACAGCAAGAAGCUCACCAAGAAGAACAAGGGGGAGCUGUCCAACCUCAUGAUGAUGAACAAGCAGAAAGGAGGCCUCAAGGCUCUUAGUAAGGAGAAAAGAGAGAAGCUGGAGGCGUAUCAGUUCCUCUUUUACCUGUUGCAGACAAAUCCAACCUAUCUGGCCAAGCUGAUCUUUCAGAUGCCGCAGAACAAGUCAACCAAGUUCAUGGAUUCUGUCAUUUUCACACUGUACAACUACGCUUCCAAUCAGCGUGAGGAGUAUCUCCUGCUCAAUCUCUUCAAAACAGCCCUGCAAGAGGAAAUCAAAUCAAAAGUGGACCACAUCCAGGAGAUUGUCACUGGAAACCCAACAGUCAUUAAGAUGGUGGUGAGCUUUAACAGAGGAGCUCGAGGUCAGAACGCCCUCCGGCAGAUACUGGCUCCGGUUGUGAAAGAAAUCAUGGAUGACAAAACACUCAACAUUAAAACCGACCCAGUCGACAUAUACAAGAGCUGGGUCAACCAGAUGGAGAGUCAAACAGGAGAGGCCAGUAAAUUGCCGUAUGAUGUAACUCCAGAGCAGGCGAUGAGCCAUGAGGAGGUCCGAACCCGCUUGGAAGCAUCCAUCAAGAAUAUGAGGACAGUCACAGACAAAUUCCUCUCGGCCAUAAUUGUUUCAUUGGAUAAAAUCCCGUACGGCAUGCGGUUCAUUGCCAAGACUCUGAAGGACACACUUAAUGAAAAGUUCCCUGAUGCCACAGAGGAUGAACUUUUGAAGAUUGUAGGCAACCUGCUUUACUACCGUUACAUGAAUCCCGCCAUUGUGGCUCCUGAUGCCUUUGACAUCAUCGAUCUAUCGGCUGGAGGUCAGCUGACCACAGAACAGAGGCGAAAUCUGGGAUCAAUCGCCAAAAUGCUGCAGCAUGCAGCCUCCAACAAGAUGUUCCUUGGAGACAACGCACAUUUGAACCCCAUCAACGAAUACCUCGCCAACUCCUACCAGAAAUUUAGACGUUUCUUUUUGUCCGCUUGUGAUGUCCCUACUUUGGAGGAAAAGUUCAAUGUGGAUCAGUACUCAGACGUGGUCACCUUGACCAAGCCUGUGAUUUACAUUACCAUUGGGGAGAUCAUCAACACUCACACGCUCUUGCUGGAUCACCAAGAUGCCAUUGCACCAGAUCACAAUGAUCCCAUCCAUGAGUUGCUGGAUGACCUAGGAGAUGUGCCCACUAUUGAGUCUUUAAUAGGUGAGAGCCCACUGCCCGCUGAUGAUCCCAAUAAGGAAAUGAUGGGCAAGACAGAAGUCUCUCUCACACUCACCAACAAAUUUGAUGUUCCUGAUGAGGCCAAUGCUGAAAUGGAUGCCAAGACUCUCCUCCUCAACACAAAGAGGCUCAUAGUAGAUGUGAUCAGAUUUCAGCAAGGAGACACACUUACUGAGAUUCUGGAGACUGUAGCUUCACCUGAGCAGGAAGCUGAGUACCAGCGAGCUAUGCAGAGGCGAGCCAUUCGCGACGCUAAGACCCCGGAGAAGAUGAAGCAAGCCAAACCAGUUGUAGAUGACAGUCUUACUUUGCAAGGCAAGAAGGACAAGAUCAAGAGCAACCUGCAAAGACUGGGAGAGUUGGGCAAAGUUCACCCUGAGAAGAAAUACCAGGAUCUUAUCAAUGACAUCGCCAAGGACAUCCGCAACCAGAGGCGAUAUCGUCAGCGGCGGAAGGCAGAAUUGGUGAAGCUUCAGCAGACCAAUUCUGGUUUGAGCUCCAAGACCAAGUUCUACAAUGAGCAGAUCGACUACUACAAUCAGUACAUCAAGACCUGCAUGGACAAUUUAGGGAGCAAGGGCAAAGUUUCUAAAAAACCUGGAGAUAACAAGGCGAAGAAGAGCAAGCAGGUAUCACAGAAGUACACAGCAGCCCGUCUGCAUGAAAAGGGAGUGCUCAUUGACAUCGAUGAUCUGCAGACAAAUCAGUAUAAGAAUGCAAUUUUCGAGAUCUCGCCAUCAGAGGCUGUGGGAGUAUUUGAGGUGAAAGCCAAGUUUAUGGGCGUUCAUCUGGAGACAUUAAUGUUAGAAUACCAGGACCUACUCCAGUUGCAGUAUGAGGGGGUGGCAGUGAUGAAGCUGUUCGAUCGAGCUACUGUAAAUGUUAACCUUCUCAUUUUCCUGCUCAACAAGAAGUUCUACGGCAAAUAGAAACUCCGAGGCACUUGACAGACUGUUGCACACAGUGAAGCCCAGACCACACACGCAUCUUUACAGUUAAAGCAUCUUUCCUGCACUACUCUGAGUAUCCCUGCAUUCACUCUGUGCCUUUCUUGAAGAAGAGAGAUGCCUUGAAUGUACAUUAUUAAUCUUAAACCAACAACAUAAAUCUUCCGGAUAAAUAAUGGUUGAGCAUUUUCUAUUUUUAUUGAGAGUGUCAGUGGCACAGCAAUAGUUUGCUUUAAUCUUUUUGUAAACUGUGCCUGCAUGAGCUUUGAAUUCUGUAUAUGUUAUAUGUAAAAUGAACAUUUUUAUUACAUGAUCUAUUCUUUGGGAGAAACGAAAUGGUUUCAAAGUAUCCCUGUAAGAUAGGAAAGUGACAAGUAUUAUAGUCACGUUCCUUCAAAUGUUACCACAAUAUAUUUAUCAGAGCAUUUGUUUGUUUGUUUCUUUAUUUGUAUAAACCUAGCUAUGAGUAGGUACACUUUAUUGGCUGUGGUUAAAAAUGAGGACUUACUAGAAAACGUAUAUAGAUAUUUUUUAUUUUGUUUUGCUGAGAUUUUGGACACUGCAUGCUGGAUGAUUUAUUCCGUUUACGUCCCUCUAGUUUUUGCAGCCAUGUGUUCAUUUGUUUUUUUUAAAGGUGCCUUAACUUGAAUAAACCAUUGGGAAGCUUGAUGGAGAAGCUUUAUCAUGUCAACGCAUAGUGCUUAUGAUGUCAGCCCAUCUCAUUGUAUGUUUUUACAGUCAGUGUCUCAUAUACAAAAUAUAGAAGUUGAAUUAUGGUUAAAUAUUUUUAUUACUCAUUUUGUUCGGAAAAUGCUGAUGACAAUAAACAGAUGAAUUGUAAAUUUAAAA